AUGAACCGCGCUCCGGGCAUCUUGAUCACUGGCGCAGCAGGAUAUAUCGGCGGCUCCAUUCUUGCCGACUUCCUGUCGCACACAAAUCUGAGCGCAGCAGCAACUCUGAACGCCGUCGUCAGAACCGAGGAACAGGCCCAGGCGCUCUCCAAGCUUAGCGUCAAUGUACUUCGGUUCGAGAUCAAUGAUGAAGCAGCUGUGACGGCCGCGGUCGAGCAAAACGAAAUUGAUAUCAUUGUCCAUGCAGCGAACUCUUCAGACCCUUUGCUCGUCAUCAACUUGAUUCAAGCACUUGGACGGCGCCGUGCGGCGACCGGAAAGCCUGUCUACUUCAUACAUUCAUCAGUCACGACAUUAUUCUCGGAAGAGGCUGGGUGGCCGCAUGGAAUGCUUAAAGACACCGACUCGAUCUACGAGAAGGAAAAAGAGCUUGGUGGAACUCAUCCAGUCCGACAGACCAACCUUGUAGCAGUUGAAAAAGCCGAAGAGUGCGACGUCACGAGCUUCAUUAUUGUGGUACCGAAUGUUUAUGGAAGGGGCAAUGGCGAAUGCAGGAAAGUUUCCAUCCUCAUUCCAGCGCUCAUUCAAGCCGGAAUCAAACUGAAGAAAGUACACAAAUUCGACACAGAUGGUAGUCCUCCUGCGGCGCAUAUCUCAGAUAUUGUCGCGCUAUACGGUAUUCUGGUGGAUAGGAUACUGCGAAACCAAGACGUUCCCAACGGCAAGAAUGGCUACUAUUUCGCGAUGGCUCAUAGAGCGCCGUGGUGGGCCUACAUGCAAGCUAUUGCCAAUUCAUUGUACGCACGUGGACUCGUAGUGGACCCGGAACUGGAGAUCUGGCCGAGUGAUGAGGAAGCCGCGGAGGCUUUGCAUUUCCCAGCUCAAUUCAUUCGAGCCAUGGGUACUGCCAGUGGCGGCCUUGAACCCGUCAAUUCUUACCGACUAGGAUGGCAACCUUUGUGGAAUGACGAGGCGUUCUUGGAAAGAGCAGACGAAGAAGUGCAGGCGGUAUUGGACUUGGACACAAUCCGGACCAGCUUGUUCGAUCAACUCUUGCGUCCUGCUAUGGACUAG